AUGUGCUUCUUGAGCUCGUGUGGUCCAUACGUAGUCUUCUCUAGCUAAACCAUUAAACCAUUAAAUCGUUGAGUUGUAUUGGCGAUGGCCGAGGAAGUGGGCUACUUGAAAGCACAGCUAAGAGAGAAAGAGAAAGAGAUUGCUAAUCUGAAGCAUAAACUGGCCAUAUUCGAAAAGAACAAUACUUUAGUCCCAGAGCUCCAUGACAGAGUGACGCCUCUUACUCCACUAAAAGGCAAAGCAGCUCUCUCCAAUGAAGACAUCUUGAGGUACAGCAGGCAGCUCCUCCUGCCUGAGUUGGGUGUGCAAGGACAGCUAAAUCUAUCGAAGACAUCCGUACUGGUUGUGGGUUGUGGAGGACUGGGCUGUCCUUUGGCUCAGUAUCUAGCAGCAUCAGGCAUAGGGCGUCUUGGUCUACUGGACUAUGAUGAGGUAGAGAUCAGUAAUCUGCAUAGACAAGUGCUACAUGGCGAGGAGAACCAGGGUCAGGCUAAAGCUCUGUCUGCAGCCAAUGCAGUUAGAAGGUUGAACUCAACAGUAGAGUGUAUCCCUUACCACCUACAGCUUUCACCUGAGAACGCCUUGCAACUCAUUCAGCAAUAUGACAUUGUGGCUGAUUGUUCAGACAAUGUUCCUACUCGUUAUCUUGUGAAUGAUACCUGUGUGCUGAGUGGCAAGCCUCUAGUAUCAGCGAGUGCCCUCAGAAUGGAGGGACAGUUGACCGUCUAUAACUAUGAUGGAGGCCCUUGCUACAGAUGCCUCUACCCAGUACCUCCACCCCCAGAGACAGUGACAAACUGUUCUGAUGGAGGGGUGUUAGGAGUGGUUCCAGGCAUAAUGGGCUGCUUUCAAGCAUUGGAGGUCCUCAAGAUAGCCUCUGGACAUGGCUCUUCCUGUGGCCAGCAGCUGGUGAUGUUUGACGCUCAAAGUGCGAAGGUCAAGUCCAUCAGGUUGCGGCCCAAACAUUCAGGAUGUGUCGUGUGUGGGGAAAAGCCCAGCGUAACUCAGUUAGUCGACUAUGAAGCCUUCUGUGGGUCUGCUGCAACAGAUAAGUGUCACAGACUCAACCUCCUGUCCAGUGAUCAGAGGAUCUCAGUGCAGGAUUACAAAUCCAUUGUUGACGGUGCAGAGCCCCAUCUCCUGUUAGAUGUGCGCCCUCUUGUGGAGGUGGACAUAUGCCAUUUACCCAGCUCGCUCAACAUACCACUCUCAAGUUUAGAAAAGAGGAAGCGCGAACAUAUGCAAUUACUUGAGGACAGCAUCGGCCAAUUGAAACAGCAGAUAGUUGGUGUCUGCUGGCCUCCAGGCUGGCUGCACGUUUUGGAACGCUAGCAGAUUGCAAUGGGGUUGCCAGGUGACCCCUUUUCCAAAACAAGUAUGGCCAACCUGAGCAGCUGGUUGGCUUUAGAGGACUGAAUAUUAAAAACAACAACAACAACAAUAUUUUGACUCAGUUUUGCUACUUUAACAAUGAGAUAAAUUUAACUGUACAGAUUUUGUGCUAGUGCACACUACACUCAUUUGUCACAUAUUGUAUUGGAUUAAACUAUAUAUAACAAUAGUGGUGACUGGACACUGAAAUAAUUGUGAAUCAGUGCUUGAAUAAAUGGCAAUACUGCAAUUAAAAACUGCAGUUACAUCAUGGGAUAGUGGCACUCAUACAGUACGUACAUAAACAUAAUGUUUUUAGCCGUUUGUUUGGUCUGCAUCAUAACACAUAACUUAUAGUUCUCCCCAAAACAUGGGAAAUACAGACCAUGCAGCCAAAACAGCAUCCUUUUCUUGAAUAUAAUCUGUAUACAAACUGCAUGUUGUCCCCUGUAGUUCUUAUAUAGAGCCACAGGAAUGUGAUUCAUUCACCAAAAAUGAUCUUUGUGGUUUCUUCCAGUUUAUGUGAUUUGUAAGCUGGGCAACGACUCUCAGAAGGCUGUGCAGAUUCUAGGGGAGAUGAGUGGAUCAGAAGUGGACAAUAUU